AUGACUCAUCACGUGAGUGAGCAAAACAAUGGCUAUAUCCCAGGAUAUCAUUCCCCAAGGGAUCUUGUCUUUGGUGCAGAAAGCAGCACAUGGACCUCAUCGAAUUAUAACGGUGAACGUGACAAUGACUGUUAUGGAUUUGGAUCCUUGCCAUUGACAUCAACUUGUCAUCUUUUUGGAUACAAUAAAGAACUUCUGAAACAGACAAUACUCAAGCAUGAGGCCGUAUUCAGGGACCAAAUUCAUGAGCUUCACCGCAUUUACCAGAAACAAAGAGAAUUAAUGGAUGAAAUUAAAAGGGUUGAGUUACACAAACAUAGUUUAAGGUUGGAGACAUCAUUGUCAAGUUCCUCUUUGUAUUACUCACAAAACUUGAGUUGGUUCACUAGUCAAUCAUCUGUUUUAAAUGCUGAAGGCAUGCAGUUACCAUUGGCUUCUAUGCAAGAAAAGAGCAGGCGAUUAUGUCCUACUCCUCUUCCUGCAAUUAAAGAAACUCCAAAAGAUCCUAAACUAUCAGGAUCAGCGUACAGAAAAGUUGGUAAGAAAAUAUUGGAUCUUCAACUUCCAGCUGAUGAGUACAUUGAUAGUGAAGGUGAAUCUUGUGACAAAGAAAGGGUUAUCAAAGAGCCUCCACUGUCAUCUUAUACUUUAAAUGGAAUUUCUAAGGUUGUCUUAAACAGUGUUGAUAAACCAUUUGGAACCAAUUCUAAUGGUUUUGCAGACUUAAAUUUACCAUUUAAGCUUGCAGAAGAGACAGGUGUGAUGUAUGAUGAUUUUGGUGCCUCAAUCCAUCACAUAAACUAUACCUUUCAUGAUAUGCCAGGGAGAAUGAGAUCGGGCUCUCAUAGUUUGCCCAAUGAUGUCAUCCAGAAUUUGAAAAGGAAACAAGAUCUUGAAGCGUGCUUAGAUCCCCCACUACGAAACCAGGGGGAAAAACAUGGACAGCUGCCCUCGGAUAGUGGUGCUGGGCAGAAAGGUGGAGACUUGAGUUUCACUAGAACUCAUAAUCCCACCAGUCGUGGCUGGCUUGGACCAAGCUGUGCUUCAUGUGCUUCUCAUCAGCUUGUUUCUGCAUCUGAAAUGAAAAGUUCUACGAUUUCAGCAUCAGUGUUAUGGAAAACUAUUGCAUCUGGCUCUAAGUUAGAUACCAAUCUGUUGGAUCUACCAUUGAUCAGUAGUACUGGUGAUCUAAACCGUUGCGGUAACCAUUGUUCAUCAUCAGCUGGCCAUGAGCUCAGGAAGUAUGUUAAGGACUCAGAGUAUGUGGAGACUCACAAGAACAUAAACCUGAAUAUUACGCCUGUUGGUUUUUCUGAUACAAAAGUUGCGGAAUUUCAAAGCAUCCGGAUUACAGGUGAAGAUGAUAAAUUUCAGGAUUCAAGAUUGCCUUGGGUUAAAGAAAAGUCUGUACCCAAAAGAGAACCCAAUGAUGAAAGUCAAACCUCAAUCCCUAUUGAUUCUUUCCUUCUGAAUCCUUGUAAAUCUGGGUGUAUACAUUCUGAUUUAAAGUUGAAUAAGGUUCAAAAAAGUGGCUUGUGUAGAGACAAGACUCUUGUAUUUGACCUAAAUGGAAAACCUCAGACAUCCAAAAUCGUCCAGGGCCUCUCCAAUGUAAAUUCACCUUCUGAUGGUUAUACUGACAUGAGGGAACAGGCAUCUACCAGUGAGCAUUUCAUGAAGAAUGAGAAGAAGCACAAACAUUCGUCAGGUAUUCUAGACCUAAAUUUGUGCACAAUUGAAGAUGAGAAUAUGCCAAUUGGUAUUGAUUUACAAGCACCUGCAAGUCCAGAAAACAAGGAAUGUUCUCCACCCAGAGGAGAAUCUGAUGAAAACCAGCUUGAGAUGCUCUUGCAAUUGGCAGGGCAGGAGCAGCAGGAUCCAAAAGCACGAGAUGAGCAAGCCAGAAUUGCUGCUGAGGCCUUGGUUUCCAUAUCAGAAACUGUGACUUAUAACGUUAUCCAAAUGACAAAUUGCCUAUCAUCUGAAUCUUCUGUAAGUAGUUCUCUCCAUUGGUUUGCUGGAAUUGUUUCUGCAGUAGUGGAUCAUUCAGAGUCUUCUGAGGUUAAGGAGGAUUUCAAUUGUACCAUUAAGGAUCUUGAGGACUUUCUGCCUGCUGACUUUGAUUACUUUGAGUUCAUGUCCUUAAAUUUGAGUGACACCAAGGACUUAGAUUAUUGCCACUACAAGAGUAGUGGCCAAAAUGAGCAAGAAGGUGGAUCUACUUCUCCAACUCAACCAAGAAAGUUCCGAACAAACAGGAGGAGGCGGGGGAAUGACUUCCAAAAUGACAUUCUCCCAAGCCUUGCUUCUUUGUCGCGGUAUGAGGUGACAGAAGAUCUUCAAACCAUUGGAGGUCUUGUGGAAGCUGCCAGAAGAACUCACUCUGCAGCAGGUUGCCUAAGAAGUGCAGGCAGAAAUGUAGUAGCUAGGGGGAAGAGAAGGUCUUGCGGUUCAUCAUCUAACAUCACAGGCUUGCUUUUGAACUUGAAGGAACUAAAUAUUGACCCUGAAUUUACCAUUAAGAAAAUGGGGUUCAUAAGUUGGGGAAAGAUUUGUAGAAAGCCAAGGGGGAAGAGAUUUCCCACUAGUAAACCCCACUUAAUUUUUAGCCAAGUACAUAACUAA